AUGGCUCCAUCCCAGACACCUUAUGCCGUCACUCCUGCCCAGUCCCACCUUUAUUCAGACCAGACAGUCCUCUCAAAUGCCAUUGCACAGCUGAUUGACGAGAUGAACGAAGAUCUCACCAGACGAGCAAGGAUAUAUGAUCUAGGAAUUUUGUCGAUUGGAAUAGCAAUCGGGCUGAUACUUUACUCUUUGAUACAUGAUUUGAUCAUAUAUACUCGAGAACCCGAUUCAACGGCCCAAAUAACGGACUCUAAGGAUCAGGAUGAGAAGAGUGAAGUUCAGUGUAUAUAUAGGGCGAGGCGAAGUAGGAAAGAGAGGCAAGAGGCAGAUGAGAAGGUUUGA